CAAUGACAAUUGACAACCUGUCACGUGUUAGUACGUCGCUGCCGGCUGAAUGAUUAGAAUGUUAUUUUUUUAAAUUCGAAACAUAAAUAUUCAUUUCGUCAGAGCACAAUUAUUGAAAAAAAUUCUUGGUUCUUUUCACACGGGAAUUGGAAAAUUACAAAUAUUUUCAAGGUGUCAUCAUUUUUACCUACUUGAUGGAUUAUGCUGAAUUGCAAAAACAGGCUGAUACCAUUGGAAGAAAGUGGUAUAGACAAGCUACACAAAGAAUUUUUGUCAACAGAAGUCUACAUUUGGAGAAUAUCAAGUUCUAUGGAUUUGAUAUGGAUUAUACGUUAGCUGAGUAUAAGUCUCCUGAAUAUGAAAAACUAGGAUUUGAUUUAAUUAAACAACAUAUGGUGUCCAUUGGAUAUCCUCAAGAAAUAUUGGAAUUUGAAUAUGACCCUACUUUUGCUGUGAGAGGUUUAUGGUUUGAUUCCUUAUAUGGAAACCUGUUGAAAGUAGAUGCCUAUGGAAAUAUACUUGUAUGUGUACAUGGUUUUGAAUUUUUGAAACAUUCAAGAGUAUACGAGUUAUAUCCUAAUAAAUUCAUAAAUCUUGAUGAAUCAAGAGUAUACGUACUGAAUACUUUAUUCAAUCUACCAGAAACAUACCUACUAGCAUGUUUGGUAGACUUUUUCACGAAUUCUAAAGAGUAUACAAAAACAAACACAGGAGUCAUUUGUGGUGAACUUCUCAUGUCAUAUAAAUCUAUAUUUCAGGAUGUUAGGAAUGCAGUCGAUUAUAUUCACUUACAAGGUGAUCUUCAAAAUAGAACCAUUGAAAAUUUGGAAAAGUAUGUGAAAAAGGAUGAACGACUUCCAAUGUUCUUGACCAGGUUGAAGGAAAGUGGAGCCAAGACCUUUCUUUUGACAAACAGCGGUUAUAAAUUCACGGACAAAAUAAUGACUUAUCUAUUUGAUUUUCCUCACGGAGCAAGGCCUGAAGAUCCGCAUCGAAACUGGAAGACUUAUUUCGAUAUUGUAGUAGUUGAUGCCUGCAAACCGCUCUUUUUCGGAGAAGGAACGAUUCUUCGGCAGGUCGACACUGUCACCGGUAGACUGAGGGUCGGUGUUCACACUGGUCCCCUACAGUCAGAACACGUCUAUUCGGGGGGCUCCUGCGACGUUUUCACAAAGUUCAUUGGUGCCAAAGGAAAAGAUGUCCUGUAUGUGGGCGACCACAUUUUCGGAGAUAUUUUGAAGAGCAAGAAAAUUAGAGGGUGGCGUACUUUUCUCAUAGUUCCGGAGCUUGUAAGGGAGUUGCACGUGUGGACCGACAAGUGUCAGUUGUUUGAGGAACUGCAAGGCUUGGAUGUCAAGUUGGGUGAAAUGUACAAAAAUUUGGACAGCAGUGCAAAAGAAAAACCAGACAUUUCAAAGCUUAGGGCAGCCAUUAGAGAUGUGACACACAAAAUGGACAUGUCUUAUGGCAUGAUGGGAAGCUUAUUCAGGUCUGGAUCUAGGCAAACAUUCUUUUCUUCUCAGGUUGUAAGGUAUGCUGAUUUAUAUGCCGCAUCACACCUCAAUCUCUUGUAUUAUCCCUUUUCGUACAUGUUCAGAGCUCCGGCCAUGUUAUUGCCCCACGAAUCAACAGUAGCACACGAACAACAUUUUGUUUUGGAGUUACUUCCUCAUGACCAUAUCUCAGAUGCUCAAAACGAGGAGAAGAAUAGCAAGAGGGCUUUAGAAAAAGCUCAGAGUCAGAUCCCACAUGUACGGCCAGCCACCCCGCAGUCUGUAACACAUAACCACGAUGAGGACUUCUCUGACGAUGACAGUGAUGACAAAAUCUCCCGAGUCAGUGAAGAAGUAAGAAACGAUUAGGAGUUGAGGAAAAGUUGUUUGUGCAAAUGUACCAUAAGCUUUAUCAAAUCAUUUUGAAAUGCACAAAGAUCACAAAUUUUUGAAGUUUUUUAAUCGUUGAAUUGCUCAUGAAUUUAGUUUAUUGAUAAAUUGUGUGACUUCUUCAAUAACUGCUGAAUUGUUUAGCCAAUAAUGUUAUAAAGUUUAUUGUUUGUUGUA